CCGCGCGCCACGAGUGACGUUCAGCAGCAGUAACCAGCAGCUCCCUCCGUCCCCGUAACUGUACGCAGGACUCACAUCGUUCUUUCCCAGGGAGUCCGCCAUUGUUGGCGCACGUAUAUUUUCAAGCAGACCUGCCGUAAUCCAACAACAUCCAAGAUGGUGAACUUCACGGUAGACGAGAUUCGUGGCAUGAUGGACAAAAAGAAGAACAUCAGGAACAUGUCCGUCAUUGCCCAUGUGGAUCAUGGAAAAUCAACAUUGACUGACUCCCUUGUGUCCAAAGCUGGUAUUAUUGCCGGUGCUAAGGCAGGAGAAACCCGUUUCACUGACACCCGCAAAGAUGAACAGGAGAGAUGUAUCACCAUCAAAUCCACGGCCAUCUCUAUGUUCUUUGAGCUUGAACCCAAGGAUUUAGUUUUCAUUACCAACCCUGACCAACGUGAUAAGGAGGAGAAAGGUUUUUUGAUAAAUCUUAUCGAUUCACCUGGGCACGUUGAUUUCUCCAGUGAAGUCACAGCUGCUCUCCGUGUUACUGAUGGAGCUCUUGUUGUUGUUGACUGUGUUUCUGGUGUGUGUGUACAAACUGAAACUGUGUUACGUCAAGCUAUUGCUGAACGUAUCAAGCCUGUUCUUUUUAUGAACAAGAUGGACCGUGCUCUUUUGGAACUUCAACUGGACAGUGAAGAUCUUUAUCAGACUUUCCAGCGUAUUGUUGAAAAUGUUAACGUUAUCAUUGCUACAUAUUCUGAUGAUGAUGGACCUAUGGGUGAAGUUCGUGUUGACCCAAGCAAAGGUUCAGUUGGUUUUGGAUCUGGUCUUCAUGGGUGGGCUUUUACCCUGAAACAAUUCUCUGAGAUGUAUGCAGAGAAAUUUGGUGUAGACACUGUUAAGAUGAUGAACAGACUUUGGGGAGAAUCUUUCUUCAACCCCAAAACUAAGAAAUGGAGCAAGCAGAAGGAAGUUGACAACAAGCGUUCGUUUUGUAUGUACGUCUUGGACCCUAUCUACAAGGUCUUUGACUGCAUCAUGAACUACAAGAAAGAUGAAUGUGAAGGUUUGCUUAAAAAAUUAGGCAUUGUACUCAAACCUGAAGAUAAAGAUAAGGAUGGAAAAGCACUCCUUAAGGUUGUCAUGCGUACUUGGUUGCCAGCUGGUGAAGCUUUACUUCAGAUGAUUGCCAUUCACUUACCAUCUCCAGUAACAGCUCAGAAGUACAGAAUGGAAAUGUUAUACGAAGGACCUCAAGAUGACGAAGCUGCCGUUGGAAUUAAGAAUUGUGAUCCCAAUGGUCCUCUUAUGAUGUACGUUUCCAAAAUGGUACCAACAUCUGAUAAGGGUCGUUUCUAUGCCUUUGGACGUGUCUUCUCUGGAAAGGUAUCUACUGGUAUGAAGGCUCGUAUCAUGGGACCCAACUUCCAACCAGGCAAGAAGGAAGAUCUGUAUGAAAAAGCCAUCCAACGUACUAUCCUCAUGAUGGGUCGUUACGUUGAAGCCAUAGAAGACGUUCCAUCUGGCAAUAUUUGCGGUCUUGUCGGUGUCGAUCAAUUCUUGGUCAAGACUGGAACAAUCACCACUUACAAGGAAGCUCACAACAUGAAAGUUAUGAAAUUUUCUGUAUCACCUGUCGUACGUGUCGCUGUUGAGCCCAAGAACCCAGCUGAUCUGCCAAAGCUUGUAGAAGGUUUGAAACGUUUGGCUAAAUCAGAUCCUAUGGUUCAAUGUAUCAUUGAAGAAUCUGGCGAACACAUUAUUGCUGGCGCUGGAGAGUUACAUCUUGAGAUUUGCUUGAAAGAUCUCGAGGAAGACCACGCUUGUAUUCCUAUUAAGAAGUCGGACCCAGUUGUAUCGUACAGAGAAACAGUUUCAGAAGAGUCUGACCAGAUGUGCUUAUCCAAGUCACCCAACAAGCACAACCGUCUGUUCAUGAAAGCCCAGCCUAUGCCCGACGGUCUUGCUGAAGAUAUUGACAGUGGUGAUGUAAAUCCACGAGAUGACUUCAAGGUGCGUGCUCGUUAUUUGAGCGAGAAGUACGAUUACGAUGUCACAGAGGCCAGGAAAAUCUGGUGUUUCGGUCCUGAUGGAACUGGACCCAACAUCCUUGUCGACUGCACAAAGGGAGUUCAAUACCUCAAUGAAAUCAAGGAUUCCGUGGUUGCCGGAUUCCAGUGGGCCUCAAAAGAGGGUGUUCUCUCUGAAGAGAAUCUGCGAGGCGUUCGUUUCAACAUCUACGACGUUACGUUACACGCUGACGCUAUUCACAGAGGCGGUGGACAAAUCAUCCCCACGACGAGACGUUGUCUUUAUGCUUGCUUACUCACUGCCUCACCAAGACUUAUGGAGCCUGUAUAUCUCUGCGAAAUUCAAUGUCCCGAAGUCGCUGUGGGUGGUAUCUAUGGUGUGCUCAAUCGUAGACGUGGUCACGUAUUUGAGGAACAACAAGUGGCUGGUACACCUAUGUUCGUCGUAAAGGCAUACCUUCCUGUCAACGAAUCGUUCGGAUUCACUGCUGAUUUGCGUUCUAACACUGGAGGACAAGCUUUCCCACAGUGCGUCUUCGAUCACUGGCAAAUCUUACCAGGUGACCCACUGGAUGCUGGCACCCGACCAUACCAAGUUGUACAGGACACGCGCAAGAGGAAGGGGCUGAAGGAAGGUCUGCCAGACUUGGCUUCAUACCUCGACAAACUGUAACCCUCACGGAUGGAUACAUUAUAUUUAAAUAAUUAUUUAAAUAUUGUAAUUCAAUUAAUAUCGCUGGAGCAGUAUACGUCUCUUCCAUCGGCCGUUAUAUGAACUUUGUUCCUCCGCGCAACAUCGUGGAAAAUAAAAAUUAUAAAUACAAAACAGAAA